UAUGCAUACAUCUUAAGAGGUUCCGUCAUGAAAUGAUGUACUCAUCAAAGAUCACCAACUAUGUAUCAUUCCCGCUAGAAUCACUAGACAUGAAACCGUUUCUUUCACAAGACAGCCCAUCUAAGUGCUCCAUUUAUGAUCUAGUGGGAGUGAUAUGUCAUCAUGGAACAGCAGGAGGUGGUCAUUAUACUGCUUACUGUCAGAAUUGGAUUAAUGGUCAGUGGUAUGAAUUUGAUGAUAUGUAUGUGACUGAAGUACAUGGUGUACAAGUAGCCAAUUCAGAAGCCUAUGUACUCUUCUACAGGAAAAACUCACCAGAAGCUUUGAAAGAAAGACAGAAAGUUGUUGGGAUGACGAACACACAUGAGCCAAGUUUGUUGCAGUUUUUCGUGUCUCAGCAAUGGUUAAAUAAGUUCAACACAUUCUCAGAGCCUGGACCAAUCACUAAUUACGAUUUCUUGUGUAAACAUGGAGGUGUGCCACCAAGUAAAGCUAAUUAUGUUGAAGAUAUUGUGACAUCAUUGCCACAACCCGUAUGGGAGUAUCUGUAUAACAGAUUUGGAGGUGGCCCUGCUGUCAAUCAUCUUUACACAUGUCCUACAUGUCAGAUUGAAAUGGAGAAAUUGGACAAGAGAAGAAAAGAAGAGCUGGAGACCUUUGUCAAGUUGAAUAAUGAAUUCCAGAAUGAAGGGGAAGCCAGUGUGAUAUAUUUUAUUAGUAUGUCAUGGUUCAGAGACUGGGAAUCAUUUGUCAAAGGAAAACUGUCAGAGCCACCAGGUGCCAUUGAUAACUCUGACAUUGCUGUCAAUAAAGGUGGACAAUGGUUACGUAAAAAUGACUCAGACUGUGGACAGAUCUCUGAGGAUAUGUGGAAUUAUUUGUACUCGAUAUACGGUGGUGAACCAGAACUUGCACGGAGACAGGAUUUACAGGAGCCAGCCCGUGAAACACAGAGUGCGGCAGAUGACAGUCCACAAGAAGAAAAUGGAGAAGAAAAAGGAUGCAUCGACCAACAGGAAAAGGAAUAAAGAAAGUGUUAUUUGUUAUUUAUUUGUGACUUGAUGUGUAAAUGUAUAAUAUUCCAAUAACAGCCAAUCAGACAGACUUGUGUAAUGUUAUUUAAUAUAUGCAUGUAGAAGGAAUUUCUCAUUGGCUUUUGAAAUAAUCUUCACGACUUGUGAUUACUCAGAUCUUAUGAAUGACCUCCUUAAAAGGUCACACAUCCUGGUACUUUAUGGUGUGUGUCACCCCCCUCCCCCCCUCAUUUUUUGCAUACAAAUAUUAUUCAAAUCAUUGUCUUUUCUAUCAUUGUCAUUUAUCUUAUUCAACUCUAUGCAGUACAAACUGCUACUUGUGACAAUUUCUUAAAUGCACGAAGGCUUUCAGAAACAUCACUGACAGUGCAUUGUGUUUGAGAUGAGAGACCAAUGUGAACUAUACAUAUAGAAUACAUUGGCAGUGUAGACAAAAUGUUUAUCUAAGUUUGGCAAAGAUCGGAUAAAAAUUGUAGCCAUGUAUUUAUCACAGGCAAAGUAAUUAAUGAUAAUGUUACUGUGGUCACCACCUGUGAUGUACCGGUAGUUCUGUUUAUGUUGGUUUUUGGCAAUAUAGUGAUGAUUUCAUACAUAAAUAUCUGCUUCACAACUCCAGUAUGUACAUAAAUAAUUGUUAAAAUCCCACUUAAGGUAGAAGCCUACGUAUAAAUAAAAAUAGUCAAAUUUAUUCGUUUUACAAUAAAUUGUAAUCCUGGGCAAUAUUAGUAAUAAGGAAAUUGACUUAAAAAAAGUAAGGGGUCACCAGCCCAAUGUUCAAGAAAAUUAUGGUUGUAAUUCAGUGGAUCGUGGCCAUUUUGUUUAUCUUGUAUUGUAGGCUGGUGCCAUAGACUGUAAAAAUCAUAUAUUAUAAAUGACUUUUUGUUCUAAAUUAUUUCCAAAAUCUAGGUUUUAAAAUAUUUUGUAACAUUGUGUUCUCAAAAUACAUUACUGUAGCAAACAAAUGCUAUUUCAUUGUCAUGAAUUUACAUGCCAUUUAUGACCAGCUCUCUCAAAAUUGAUAAGAAAGCUUCUACCAAGUUAACACACAUAAAUAAUUAGGUAUGUUAUAAGAAGCAUUUCACUUCAUUGAUGUGGCUGUCAGGCCUUUUUGUGAUGAAUCAUCUCAUUAACAU